GGAAAGCGGCUCCGCGGAUCGCACCUGGGGGAGAGGGCAGGGGAUGGAAAUCUCUCGGCCGACGCCCGGCCAAGGCAGCCUCCGGGGACCUGAGGGCGCGGCGUCUCCCCAAGGGGUCUUCAAUUUUGGCAAGACCUCGAAGACUUCAACUCCCAGAAUCCCCCAGCCGGAGUUGACGUUUUGAGACCAUUCGUUGACCAUAGAGAGGACUCCUCCAGAAGAUGUCACAAGGGGACCCUGGCACCCGGAGGGCAGAGGAAAACUCUUCCCGCGUCAUUCUUGCCGUGUUUCUCGCGCUGUUUAUCGACCUGCUGGGCUUUACCCUGAUUUUGCCCCUCCUGCCCUCCAUCCUGGAUCAUUUCAGCAAGAAUGACGAUGGACUCUACAGGAGGGUGCAAGCCGGCGUGGACUGGUUCAGUGGCAGCCUUGGCAUUCCACCAGAAAGGAAGUACAACAGUGUCUUGUUUGGAGGUUUCAUCGGCUCCCUGUUUUCUCUGCUUCAGUUUCUGGCCUCACCACUCACCGGAGCUGCCUCGGAUUCCUUCGGGAGGCGACCGGCCCUGCUGGUCACUGCGCUCGGCCUGGUGGCCUCCUAUUCUCUCUGGGCCAUUUCUGGGAGUUUCGAGCUCUUCCUUUGCUCCAGGAUCCUUGGCGGGGUCAGUAAAGGGAACGUCAGCCUUUGCACGGCCGUCAUAGCGGACCUGCCGUGCCCGAAAGCUCGGAGCAAAGGCAUGGCCAUGAUUGGGCUGGCUUUCUCCCUGGGCUUCACCCUCGGGCCAAUGCUGGGCGCCUUCCUUGCUCUGGAGACGGAGAAGGACCAAGUCUUCUACACAAGAGCCGCCAUCUUUGCCACCAUCUUUGCUGUGGCUGAUUUCCUGUUCAUCCUCACCUGCUUGCCAGAGACGCUCCCAAAGGAAAAACGGGUGUCCUCCGUGGUAUCUGGCUUUCAGUCGGCCUUCGACCUGAUCAGUCCCUGGGCCUUGUUCCGGUUCUCUGCAGUGCGGCAGAAGAUGGGAGGACCUUCGAGAGACGGUCUCCAGGUCCUGGGCUUGGUGUACUUCCUGUACCUCUUCCUGUUCUCUGGCCUGGAGUACACGCUGGGUUUUCUUGUCCAUCAGCACUUCCACUUCAGCAGCCUGGACCAAGGCAAGAUGUUUUUCUUCAUCGGGGUCACUAUGGCGGUGAUCCAGGGAGGCUACACCCGCCGGAUUACGCCAGGAGCGGAACUGCGGAUGGUUAAAAUUGUGAGUGUCCUUUGAGCCCUUCUGAUUCCGCUGUGU